AUGAGUCCCCCCUCUCCUAAUCAAAAUCUGCUCGGAAAAGUGGCUAUAGUCACUGGGGCAUCUCGGAGCAUUGGAGCUGGAAUCGCGUUGGGACUCGCAAGCAGAGGCGCCAAAGUCGCAAUAACAUACACCUCCUCAAAAAGCGAUGCCAGUGCCAGCGACUUGGUGAAGCAAGUCGCAUCAAUGAGCCACCACAGUGGCUCUACAGCUGCAAUCGCCAUCAAGGCGGACUUGCGCAUUCCAUCAUCAGCUGCAAGAAUCGUCGAACAAACUACGAAGGCUUUUGGCCCGCAUAUCGACAUUCUCGUGAACAAUGCGGGUGUCGAGCUAGUAAAGCCGGUGCAGGAUAUUUCGACAGACGACUUUUCUUUUGUCUAUGAUUUGAACGUGCGUGCGCCAAUGUUGAUGCUCCAACAAGUCCUUCCGUUCCUCAGAACUCCAGGCCGAGUAAUCAACAUCGGCUCGGUGGGUGCGCGCUAUGGAUUCAAAGAGCUAUCCACGUAUUGUUCAUCUAAAGCUGCCCUGGAGGGACUGACGCGCUGCUGGGCAGCAGAGUUGGGUGCGGCAAAGCACACUGUUAAUACGGUAAACCCUGGUCCUGUGCAGAGCGAGUUGCUAGAUAAUAUUCCUGCCGAUAUUGUUGAUAUGCAGCGCAAGAACACACCGGUUGAGAAUAGGCUCGGUACAGUGGAUGAUAUUGCUCAGGUAGUAGCUUGGCUAGCUAGUGAGGAGAGUCGCUGGGUUAGUGGUCAGGCUUUGGCAGCGAGUGGUGGAUGGGUCAUGUAUUAA